AUGGAAGCAACCUGUCCCUCUGACAUUGACAGCGCAGUCCAUCACCAGGCAUCUCGAUCGCGACGCGCCUCGCGACCCAGCACGGCGGCAAACCCGACCCUGCUUGACACAACCGGCCUCUGCCUGCUGUCGCUCAAUGGCGGCGGCGUACGCGGACUGUCGUCCUUCUACAUCUUCAAGGGCCUCACAGCGCGGCUAAACCACCAUCGCCAGAGCAAAGGUCUUGCUCUAGUCAAGCCGUGCGACAUCUUCAACCUCAUCAGCUGGCUGCUGGUACUUCGGCCACCCGUCUCUCCGAUGAUUAAUCACUCCACACACGAAUGCCUCUUCACUUAG